ACCGGAACGUGAGUCAAAAUGGCGACGAAACACAACCGCUCAUUCACGAACUGAGGUCUCAGCUGCAGUCCGCGAAUUAGUUUCUUAUUUGCAUCAAGAGAUGGAUAUUCAGAGAGAAGAAAUAGCUUCGCAAAAUCAGCAUUUUUGUAAACAUUGAUUGUUUUUAUUCGCAUAAGUUCCUGCUUAUAUUCAGAGAGGAGAAAGCAACUUCACACAGCCAUGGCGGAAGAACGUCGGCAGAAGCACUGUUCGGUCGUCCUGCCUACAGAGUCAAUGAAGGCCAUGGCAGAGUCUGUGGGAGUGGGGCAGUUACAGGAGGACAGCUGUGUAGCCCUAAGUGAAGAGGUCAGCUACAGAAUAAAAGAAAUUGCACAGGAUGCUUUGAAAUUUAUGCACCAUGGGAAGAGACGUAAAUUAACCACCAGCGAUAUAGACAAUGCUCUCAAAUUAAAAAAUGUGGAACCCCUGUAUGGCUUCCAGUCGCAAGAGUUUAUCCCUUUUCGUUUUGCGAGUGGCGGUGGAAGAGAGCUUCAUUUCUACGAGGAAAAGGAAGUUGACCUCAGUGACAUUAUAAACACGCCUCUUCCCAGAGUCCCACUAGAUGUGUCUCUUAAAGCUCACUGGUUAAGUAUUGAGGGGAUGCAACCAGCUAUUCCAGAAAAUCCACCACCAGCAACAAAAGAGCAACAGAAAGUUGAAUCUACAGAGCCUCUCAAAGUAGUCAAACCUGGUCAGGAGGAGGAAGGUACGAUUCAAGGCAAGGGUCAGGGCACAACAACUCCUGACGGUAAAGGAAAGGAAAAGGGUCUAAUAAGGUUGAAACCACGCAGCACUCAUGAGCUUUCUGUUGAACAGCAGCUCUACUACAAGGAAAUCACAGAAGCAUGUGUUGGAUCCUGUGAAGCUAAGAGAGCUGAAGCCUUACAGAGUAUUGCUACCGAUCCUGGACUUUAUCAGAUGCUUCCAAGAUUCAGCACAUUUAUUUCUGAGGGCGUGCGUGUAAACGUGGUGCAAAACAACUUGGCUCUUCUGAUUUAUCUGAUGCGGAUGGUCAAAGCUCUGAUGGACAACCCCACCCUGUAUCUGGAAAAAUACCUCCAUGAGCUCAUCCCGGCUGUGGUCACCUGUAUUGUGAGUAAGCAGCUGUGUUUGCGACCGGAUGUUGACAACCACUGGGCUUUACGGGACUUUGCUGCUCGUCUUAUGGCCCAAAGUUGUAAAACCUUCAGUACAACAACCAACAACAUUCAGUCUCGUAUUACCAAGACUUUUACCAAGAGUUGGCUGGAUGAUAAAACGCAGUGGACGACACGGUACGGCUGCAUCGCUGGACUUGCAGAACUGGGACCAGAUGUGAUAAAGACAUUGAUAAUUCCUCGGCUUGCUGUAGAAGGUGCUCGGAUCAAAGCAGUGAUGGAAGGACCUGUGAUCUCUAAUAUCGAUAAGAUAGGAGCUGAACAUGUUCAAAGCCUCCUACUGAAACAUUGUGCCAGUGUUAUUGCCAAAUUGCGAUCUCAGCCUGACAACGUGGAGCAGUAUCGCACAGAAUAUGGUUAUCUCGGACCCAUGCUUUGCUCCCAUGUAAUGAAGGCCAGGACUCAAGCAGCACUGCAAGCUCAGCAAGUCAACAGAACGACAUUAACAAUCACUCAGCCGCGUCCCACCCUUUCAGUCUCACAAAGCGGGCUAAGUGGGUCAUCAGGUCCUCGCACUCCCAGCAUCAUUAAGGUCCCAAGCUCCCUCACACUGAUGUCGCCACGACCUGGUACCCCAUCACAGCCAUCUCCUCCAGCUACUAAGUACAUUGUUAUGGCAACCAGUGCAGGAGCUGCCUCAACUCAGCAGGUCAUAACUCUCAGCUCUUCACAGUCAGCUUCACCAGUAACUAGUACUGUUCCCAGUGCUACAUCUACCUUGCAGCCUUUGGUAAAACUGGAGCCUGGCAGUGGCCCUGGACUGACAGCUUCACGACCUCUGCAGAAGUACAUAGUCGUGUCUCUUCCCUCGUCUGCCUCUUCGUCUUUGGAGACUAAGAGCUCUGUGCUACCCACUUCAAUCUCCUCAAGUUCACUAGAUGGAGGGAUGAAGCUGGAACGGUCCGAGUCUCCUGGAGCAAGCACACAGUCGCCACACUGAGACUUGUAUGAGUAGUGGAGAUUCCUAUCAAGUUGGAGCACCUGAGCACACAAGGAGAUUUGUUUGGGCUGAACUUAAUGGGGCAACCUCUGAGGUGGUAUGAGGGGGCAAUAUCUGAACUCUUGACUGAUUGAGAGCAAAUGUGACCAGAGGUAAAUAUGUUGAUGCCCGAUGAAAACCGACCAAUCUGUGACAUCUUCACUGUUUCAGCUUAUAUUCAAAUUGAUUUCAUGUUUCUUUUUUACCCUAAAAUAAAUGAUUUUUUAUGAAAUCUUUCAACUGUAUGUGAUUUUUACAUUUCUGUUGUCAUUUUAAGUGAUUCUUUGGUAUUGUCAUUUUUGGUAUGGAUGGCUCUCAGAGUUUGUAAAUUGCUGCCAACAUCCAAUAUCUGAGCUUGCAAAACAAUCCACAUGGGCAUCAAGUCAGUGCAAUAAAUGAAAAAGGUGCAGUACAGUGAGGACAAACAACAGAAAUGCUACAAUAGAGGGAUUCUGCUCUAGUCACAUAAAAACUUGGCUAUUUUAAUUACAGCUUGCCAAAUUUUUUUGUACUCUUUAUAUUUUCAGAUGAAAUUUAAAUAUAUAACUCCAAACUUGCAUUAAAUUUGAGGAAAAUAUGUAUGAAUUUGUAUAAAUCAAGUUUGCUGCUACAUUGUGUGUAAAUGGGUCUAAUGUGUAAUGAAAGGCAGCUUUAAGCCCAAAGGUUAUAAGAUAACCUGCAAAAAAAGACUCAGCCUCAACAAAACUUAGUUUGAAUUCAAAGUACCCAUAAAAAAGUUUUU